AUGACCUCACAAUUAUACGAGACUUUCAAAGCGGAAAUGAUGACUGACGACAUGUUGGCCGAAGUCGCGCACCUUUUCAACAGCAACUAUGGAACUUGGGGGCCAACUAUCCCAUGCACCUGUGAAAGUUCCUACGCACGAGUGACUGUUGACGGGAAACUCGCCGGACAUGCAUUUGCUUGUCGCUGGAUGUGGCAGAGCAGGGCUGUUUGCUGGAUUACUCAACUUGUGGUCGAUCAGCAUCACCGCGAAAAGGGACUUGCAACUGGUCUUUUGCGAACCCUUGGGCAAUUCCAAUGA